ACGAUCUUUGCAAUCAUCCAGCCAUACAGUCGCUGUUGACAUACGGAGCGACUCCAGCUGUCACUCACUCAACUGUCCGGUUGUGUUCACGAUGAGUGACUUCAUCUUAACACUUUAUGCGCAGGGAAACCUCUAAACAGGAAGCGGAGAGACGGAAAGUGCGUAAUUACAUCACUAUCAGCUGUCUGUCGCUGUUUCUUCGGCCCGUUAACGGCACUCUGACAGCGCGCCAUCACCGCCAGCAGCAGUCGGAGUCACUAAUUCAUAAACUGACAGGUAUGUCUUCUUCCGCCGCACGACACACAGUGGUGAAAAAGAAGCACGUCCGUUUCGCCAGCAUGGAGGACGACGACGACGACAACGACGACCAGGAGGAGGACACCUUGUUUGACAAGAGGAAGGACACCGGCCGAGGGCUGAAGAGUGCGCUGAAGGCGGCCAAGAGGGCGACGAAGCCGGGAUGCGACGACCGGGUGGAAGUGGUCGGCGGAGGAAGCUGCGGCCGCUGGAUGGUCACUCUGGCUCUCUGUGCAUCCUUCCUCGGCUUGGGGAUGAGUAUCUCAGUUCUUGGCCCUACAUUUGAGGACCUGGCUGUGAACGUGAAGAAGAACAUCAGCAACAUCUCCUACAUCUUUGUCGGUCGUUCUGCAGGCUACAUCGGCGGCUCCCUCUUAGGAGGCGUUCUCUUUGACUGCAUGAACCCCCAUAUUCUGCUAGGAUUUUCAAUGCUGGUCACAGCGUUUGGAAUGUGUGCUAUCCCUUUCUGCAAGCAGGCUCUGCUCCUCACAGGGCUCAUGUCCAGUAUUGGGAUCUCUAUGGGUGUUCUGGAUACAGGUGGGAACGUCCUCAUACUGAACACGUGGGGCGAGCAGGCUGGACCUCACAUGCAGGCUCUGCACUUCAGCUUUGCAGCCGGGGCCUUCGUGUCUCCCAUCAUAGCCAAGCUGCUGUUCGGACCCGACAUGAACACCAGCAGCCCAGGAGUCGUACCGACCAACGCUACGCCUCGUCUCACCGCGGAACAACUUACCAAAUCCCCCGACGCUCACACCAUCUUCCACUAUGUCCACAGCAGGAGCAGCACCCUCAAAUCCAUGUGGGCCUACAUUGUGAUCGGCUCCUUCGUCUUCCUCAUCUCUAUCCUCUUCUUCAUGCUUUCCUCUCGCAGCAGCACGUCACGUGAAAAAGCCCGUACAGCGUCAGGAAAGCCCCUGGUGGCCAAACAUCACAUGGCUCUCGUUGUCCUUCUCUUCUUCUUCUUCUUUGCCUAUGUAGGCGCCGAGGUAGCAUAUGGCUCCUUCAUCUUCACCUUCGCCAAGGACUACGCACAGAUGGAUCAGUCCCAGGCAGCCGGGCUGAACUCUUUGUUCUGGGCAGCAUUUGCUGCCUGCAGGGGGCUGGCCAUCUUCUUUGCUGCCUGCAUGUACCCGGGCACCAUGAUCCUGCUCAGCCUGGUGGGCUCCACUGUGUCCUCUCUGCUUCUCUGCCUCUUCAGCCGGGAGAAGGUGGCGCUGUGGGUUUGCACGGGCCUCUACGGGGCGUCCAUGGCCACCACCUUCCCCAGCGGCAUCUCCUGGGUGGAGCAGUACACCACGGUGACGGGCCACACGGCGGCCGUCUUCGUGGUGGGAGCAGCGCUGGGCGAGAUGGUGCUGCCCGCCCUUCUAGGCUUCCUGCACGGGAAGUUCCAGGAUCACCCCCUGCUGAUGUACCUGUCGCUCAUCACCGCCACCUUCACCUCCAUCCUCUUCCCCGUCAUGUACAAGCUAGCAUCGGCCCCCAGCGGCCAGAGCAGGAAGCCCCGCGUCAGGGGCCGACCUAAUGCUGACGACAGCGAAUACCGCCAGGCGCUGCUGGAUUCAGGAGCCAACGACGAGGAGGAGGAGGACGAGGAGGAGAACGAGGCCGAUCAGUGGAACGACGCAGACUUUGAGGUUAUUGAGAUGGACGACACAGCCAGUCUUAUCAGCUCGCCCAGCAAAACCUCCUCUCCUCCUGACGUCACCGGUCUGAUGGGUGCCUCUUCCCCCUCUAACACCCAGGUCACCGAGCCUGCAGGCGGAGCCUCGUUCUCAGACACCAUCUCCCUGGUCGGAGACUCACCCAGACGCAAACUGCUGCUCUCUCUGGAGAGAGAGAAGAGAGACUGAAACCUCCUCCUGUGACCCCAUAAGUGCUGUUGAUCUCUCACUGAACUCAACAUGUCUGUGCUGAUUUGUUGUCCAGAACCUGAAAUCUUUAACAUUUAUGUACAGUUGUUUUUUUUUUAAGAUUAUUUUUUGGGGGCAUUUUUGCUUUUAUUGGACGGCGGGCAGCGAAGAGGCAGACAGGAAACAAAGGGAGAGAGAGAUGAGACAUGCAACAAAGGUCCGUGGCUGGAAUCAAAGCAGGGACGCUGUGGUUACUACCUGGGCGCUCCAUUUAUGUACAGUUCAGAUGAUUUACUAUGCAGUGAACGCAACACUGGCUACUGACUGAAACGUGCAGCUUCUAAACCUCCCACAUGUCCACUGAAGGUUUAGGUUUGCACAAUCAGCAUCUUUUAAAGCUUUUUGAGCCCUCAUUGAUGAUGAAGGAUGAGUUUUGAACUAUGUGCUGUACUACGGAAUGUUUGAAAUAAUGAAAGCUGAUUUUCUAAUGUUGUCCCGAUUCCCUCCACAGUGAGGUCAAAGGUCAGGGUAGGUAGUGUAACAGAAGUCCCAGGGCUGGUAGGAAUUCAGUGCCUUGCUCAAGGACGCUUGAGCAGAGUGGAUGUUUGUUGACGGGGAAACAUUCACCCUCUUCAUCAUCAUCAUCAUCACACCACCCUGCCGCCAAACUGAUCUUUACAGAUGUUCUUUCAUUUUGCACUAUUAGUGACUUUACAGCAGAAAACGUGUGUGAUGAUGUGAAUGAAGUGGUUUUUUUGUUGCACUAGACCUGAUUGUUGAUCUGUUUGUAUGUCAUGUACUGUAACGUCAUGUGGCUUGUGGUUCUCUAAAAAAAAAAAUCACCUGUUGACAGCGAGUCAUCUUUUGAAUUUUUAAAUACAAUCAUUGAAAGAAGGCAUUUUAAUACAUUGACUUUUUAUUAUAUCAAUCUCAAAGUUCCACCCACAGUAAUGUCCAUUAAAAACAAACAAAAAAAACACCUCCUUCAUUAUCAUUUUUUUACAUUUAUACAAAUACACAGAUCCUGUGUACGGCUGUACGGGGAAUUGAAGAUUGGAUCUUGACGUGAUUUGAUGACAGGUUUUUGCACCAAGAAUUGGAAACGUACACAAAACCAUAAAUGCACAAGGAAAUAAUAGACUCUUCAUGACAUAAAUUAUCAAAAUACAGUAUUGCAACAGUCCCAGAUUUUUUUUUUUAAAAAAAAACUGAAAUUGAUUCCAGUUCUCACACUCUGUAGAUAAGAGUAUGAGGUGUCAAAUCUGCCUAAAUGGACAUCAAUACAAUCAAGGUUAAAAGAAACAUGAAAAAUGGCACCCUUCAACAGAAUGCAUAAAAAAAAAAUAUGAUUUGAUUGCAUUCAUGGCCGGAGCUUAAGUUUGUUUGAUACUAAUGCACAGUGAGAUUAUAGAUGGAGCUAUACAGGAACUAUUUACAACAGACUGCAGUUGAUAUAAAAAUGAAGAAAAGUCAAUUAGUGGUUUGAAUGUAGUUUUGUCUUGACAUUUAUAAGGAGCUCCUUAAAAACCAAGGACUUCAAACUGCUACAGCGCAUACAAGAUACAAUUCAUCCUUGAUUGGACUGCACGUAGUUCCAUGACAGGCGGUCUGUAGCUGUGUCACCACCGACACCAGCCUCACUCAGCCCAUAGCAGCUAAUGGAGAUGGCAGCAAACAAGACAAACACAAGCCGAGGGGAUGGGGGGGGAGGGGGCACACUCCCUCCCCCCCCACAGCCUCCUCACAGGAGGCCCAAACCAGACGAGUCUGCACACGCAGAGAAAUACUUGUAUAACAAAUAACAAUUACAAGACAGAAUGAAAACCCAACAGGGUUCAAUCGAAGCACCAUUUAAACAAUUUCAACCGAAUGGACAAUCAAACACUGAGAUGGGAAAGGGGGGGCGGGG